UGUUAUGAUUUGACAGGGUGACGUAACGAUGGUGGACAAAACUCCCACAAUGCACUGCGAUCUUCAUCUCAGUUAAACGGAAAAAACACUACACCUAAUAGUUCAUAACUUCAAAACUCUUGUUUGUUUUCAUCUGACACAUCCUUGCGUUGUUCCUCUUCUGUCGGGAUUCUGUGAGAUGACCUUCGGGACUGGGUCGUUGUGUAUUUCAACCCUCCCCAGCCUGUGAAUGUGGGAUCAGGAUUUCAGUCGAGGAUGGAUCCAGAAUAUGAACAUCGCCUUCUUCGCCAGCUCAAUAUUCAAAACGAUAACUUUAGCCCUGUCAAACUGACCCAGAGUCUGCACAAUCGAAUGCCAACGAGCUCCCCUCUAUCUUCACCCAGUAAGCUUGGAGACAGAUUCAUUCCAACCAGAGCAGGGGCAAACUGGGAUAUCAGCUUCCACAGGAUCAAUGAAAAUGAAAAGUCACCGAGUCCGAGCAGAAAAACAAAAGAUGCUGCUUCUGAUAAUAUUAAAGAUGGGCUGGCCUACUCUGCUUUGCUGAAGAAUGAACUUCUGGGAGCAGGAAUAGAGAAGAUUCAGGACCCCCAGACAGAGGACAGACGUCUACAGCCUUCAACCCCAGAGAAGAAGAGUCUCUUCACUUAUUCACUCAAUAGCAAAAGGUCAUCACCAGAUGAUGGCACCAACAUCUCCCCCUACUCUCUGUCACCUGUCAGCAUCAAAAGUCAGAAAUUGCUACGUUCACCGAGAAAGCCCACUCGCAAGAUCUCAAAGAUCCCGUUCAAAGUCCUGGAUGCUCCAGAGCUUCAGGAUGACUUCUACCUCAACUUAGUGGACUGGUCUUCUCUCAAUGUGCUCAGUGUUGGGCUGGGCACAUGUGUUUACCUGUGGAGUGCUUGUACCAGCCAGGUCACGAGGUUGUGUGAUUUAUCUGUGGAGGGAGACUCAGUUACGUCAGUUGGAUGGUCUGAAAGGGGGAACCUGGUUGCAGUGGGAACUCACAAGGGCUAUGUCCAGAUCUGGGAUGCUGGUGCUGGGAAGAAACUUUUUGCAAUGGAAGGACACACAGCCAGAGUUGGAGCGUUAGCCUGGAACGCAGACCAGUUGUCUUCAGGAAGCCGAGAUCGUAUGAUUCUUCAGCGAGAUGUGCGGACACCUCCUCUCCAGUCAGAGAGACGUCUGCAGGGACACCGACAGGAAGUAUGUGGCCUAAAGUGGAGCACUGACCACCAGCUGCUCGCUUCUGGUGGCAACGACAACAAGCUGCUGGUUUGGAACCACUCCUCGCUCAGCCCAGUACAGACAUACACAGAUCACCUGGCUGCAGUGAAAGCCAUUGCCUGGUCCCCUCACCAGCAUGGCUUACUGGCAUCUGGGGGCGGCACAGCUGACCGCUGUAUUCGAUUUUGGAACACCUUGACUUCACAGCCGUUGCAGUGUAUGGACACAGGCUCUCAGGUCUGCAACCUGGCCUGGUCUAAGCACGCUAAUGAGCUGGUAAGCACUCAUGGUUACUCUCAGAACCAGAUCUUGGUGUGGAAGUAUCCAGCUCUCACCCAGGUUGCCAAACUCACAGGACACUCCUACAGAGUACUUUACCUGGCAAUGUCCCCAGAUGGUGAAGCUAUCGUGACAGGAGCUGGAGAUGAGACCCUACGCUUCUGGAACGUAUUCAGUAAAACUAGGUCAACUAAGGAAUCCGUAUCAGUCUUAAACCUCUUCACCAGGAUACGAUAACAAAUAACAAAAAUGAAAACACUAAAACUCUUCUUUGAUUGGAUCCUGGCAUAGCCACCGAAUAGCUCAUCAGCAUGGUGCUAAGGACAUACGUAGGGCAUCAUGUGACAUUUGUGAUAGAGAAGAUGACCGUCAAAACAACUGAACAUUUUGUAUUCAACUGUUCAGGAAAUCAUUUUGAUUAUUGUGCUGUAAGUAGUCUGAAUGUAUUUUUUUCUCUAUAACAAGUGGGUUGAACACAUCACAGGCCUUACUUAAAAGAUAUUGUGAUACAAUUUUCAUGUAGUGGACUGAAUUUUUUUCUUUAGGUUUUGCCAAACUCAGGUCUUAUUUAUUCAAAGCUGCCACUGCAGCUGUCGCUUAAAAGGUUUUGAAAGGAGUAAGUUGCCACAAUGUAUUGAGACUAAAGCAUAAAAAUGUAACAUUAUCACCUACUAAGGCCUUUACAGUAUGUGCACCAUGUUUACUGUGAUCCUGAAGAGCUCUAAGGUUGACAGAGACAGGCUGAAAUGCAGGUGUAUUCCCUUGGACAGAAACUCUGAUGCUGUGCAUUAAGAUUUGUACUACAUGGUUGAUCCUGGGUAGUAAAGAAAUAAAUAAAAGAAGAUGGAACUAAAAA